GGAUAUCCACGAGAUCUGUGUAUGCACAAGAAGAUGCCAGGAAGAUGCUUUUCAAAAUGGGAGACUUCCAGAAGUCAUGCUUCUGAAGAUGGAAUUUCCGAAGUGAAGAUGGACUUCCAGCAGUCUUGACUGUCCAAUAUCACUGCAAAAAUGGCAACGAAGGAGACAGCCCUGAUUCUCAUGGAAGACUUAUGGAAGACUGACGGAGACUAGCAGGAUGAAAAUGAUAGUCACAUUUUUGCUGCACGAAGCCCACCACGUCCAUCGAAGAAAAGAACGCAAGCUUAUAGCAUCCUUCCUUAACAUCCAGAAUGCUUGCUCACACGUCUUCCAGGACUGCCGCUUCUGAGGCGAAGCGGGUGCGCCACCUUGCACUCGAAUGCCUAGCCACAGAAACGCCGCUCGGAUCGUUGGCUAUGGUGCAGAAGCUAUUACUAGAAGAAGGACGAGGACAACAACCUGGAGUUAUGGUCGUUAGCUUUUAGUGUCCAUCUUUCUCGGCAUCUUGGUUGUACCCUUUUGUUCUCCUGUAUUCUUCUCAUGAGAUACAAGUGGAAAGGGGAGGUCGAGAUGAGGGGAGCGAGAUGGAAGAUUCAAGUUGAGUCUAAUGGAGCUGAAGGGGAGGGACGAGAUGUAAGCCAGGACUCAACCACUGUGGUAGAUCACUUCAAAAAACGACAAGCCGAAACACAAGUUGCUGUACUGUACAAGAACCCUAAUCAGGACCAUGCUUUUGGAGCCAGCGACAACACAGUGCCUUACCUCCUCUGCCCAGAAGCGUACGACGAACGACAGGGCAAAUACCUGAAUCCACUGACGAACGAACUUUUUUUACCGGACAAAGAGACAUGGUGUUCGGAGAUUGCCUUGGUGGACGUUAUACAAAAUGCCGUUGGAGGAGGACCUGGAACAGGUGAACAAAGCAGAAAGAGUAGCAGCAACGGACGAACAUCAAGAGCUAGUACACGAAGAACUACAGCGACUGGAGCAAUCGUUGUUGAUACUUCCCCGAUAAUCGGGAAUAAAGACGGGGACUCAACGGCAUUUUCUGGCCCUGUCUAUCGGGAAGCCCUACAAGAAAGCUUAGACAGAUACUUUAACACAGGUCUAGGAAAAAAGUUUUACGCUGUUGCUUUUUCCACCACCACAGGACCAGGGGCAACUACUUUUUCAUCCCCUUCGCGUACUUCACUACUUGGCACAAAAUUGAAACUGGCAGUACACAUUGUGCGGAGAAGAAGUAGAGUGAAUGAAGAUCAUUUUGUAGGGGGAUCGUCGAGUGCCGGUGGGAGCACAUCAUCAUCUUCUUCAAACAGAAACUCAAUACUGUUGGCAUUGGCUUCAACGGCACCUUCAAAUUUCGAUGAAUGCAGCCUAAUCGGUUCCUUUCGCGUUACCUUCGUGCCUGCACAGGGCAGUGACGCUCUGAUGGAAGGGUCCUUCGUCAUCGAAGGAAGAAACGAAUCAGUGUCGAAAUUCGUUUCUGUCGUGGAUCAUUUCGAUCCCUUCGGUGGAGGUGGACCGUCCUCGAAUUGGUACAGUGGAGGUGCUGGAUUGAGUGCAGGAGGAAUGUUAAUAUGUUGAAACACAUGUUCUUGUCCUUCUUGUUCUUUGCUACUCGUUGUACUUUAAAAAUCAUGCCCUUUCUUCUUAUCAGCUAGCUCUACUACUUGUACUUUAAUAAAUAUGCAGCUGCAGCUGCUCUUCAGGUAGUUUGGACUUGAUAUCAACGACCGUCGACGGGAGAGACACGCUUUCUCUAACACCACACUCAACGACCAAUUCCUUGCUUGCUUCUUCGCGAACCAGUGCUCACUCGCAACGUCAUGACCUCCGUUCUCGCGCUCGCUUCAGGCAAGAACUUGCUGCUUCUGUACUGAUAGAAAAACUACACGACCCAGACGCUGUAGGAGCACAGAUUGCGACCUUCCUCUAUGAAACUCUGGAACAACUUCUCAAGAAUGUGGAAGAAGCAGCAAAGAAUAAGAGAGAUAAGAAUGUGCAAGAAGUAGAGGAGGAAGACGGACGGGGAGUAGCAGGGGGUGUAGGGAUAGCUGGCAAAAAGAACUUUAAGGGGAGGUUAAAGGUGCUUUUGUUACCGUUUCUUAUGGCUCUCUCCCUUAGGUGGGGACAGCCAUAAGAACAAGCGGGAUAAACGAACACCAAAAAUCUACCUCUAAGAACUUCUUUGGUGCACUACUUGUUGCAGGCAGAGGAGGACGCGCACAAGAAUCAGCCAGUAACUCAUCGUCUCUCAGCUCUUCCCUUCACGACAGACUAAAAGCUACGAUGAGCGAGCUGCGCGGGAAGAAAAAAAUCACUUCUGAUCAUGUUUAUGAUCUGGAUAGCGGAGAUGGUGCAGCUGCUGAUCCUCCUCUCUCAACAAGAAGAGCAACUGAUAGAGAUAGACAUCAAGCUUCUAAAAAAGAGAACAGCGUCGAUAUAGCAACUUUACUUCAUGAAAUACGGCGGAGUAAAUUAGUUGGAGGCACAGACUUCGACUGGGGUGUUGGACCUCGGACUGCCUUGAUGCAAGAACUGAGUAACCGAAAAUGAAAAUGAUUUACAUGAUCUUCACCUUCAUUCCAAGAAAAGUGAAGAAACUCUGAAUAUGUUCUGCCCCAUAGACAUUGGUAUUUUUGUUCUGUGCUCCUUCGAACAUGAAGCUGAUCAUAGGCAAUCUCAGAAUCCC